CUAUCGCCAGGAGAUACAACAAUUAAUUAUAUCAGGGACGGAAUCCCACGGAUAUCGAGUGCGAGAGUUGCGUGGAGACCUCUCUCAACAGGGGGCAUCUCAUUGGCUCUCCGCUAGGAGCCCCCCCAACCAUUUGCCUUAGGCCCGAGCUUUCGAGAUUUCGAAAAGGUGACGUUCAUUCGCAUCUCAACAAUCCUUUUCCCUUGCUCCGUUCAGAUAACCUCGCUCCAACGACCGACCUUCCCUCUUAUCUUUCCCUCUCUGUUACCUUUAUCAGCAAUGGGGUCUGCAGCAUCGAAAGGCGCUCGUGCCGCGGGUGCGAGCGCUCGCAAAUAUCCCACUCGCGUCCCACCGACUGCUACAACUACUACAACACAAUCCACGACCAGCCAUGCUCCUGCUCCUCCUCCGCCGUCCGCCCGGCCCUCUCAAGCAGGUCCUACAGUGCACCCGAGCCCGCAAGCCAGCGAGACGAAGACUCAAGCCAUCGACCUCGAUGCCCGCGACCCAGCAUUCGCCUCCCGACUGAACACCAUCGGCGUCGUCGAGCCCAACCCGUACCACCCCUCGACCUCCUCGUCGUUCGACCCCAGCAGGCGCAACGCCGCGAAUCAGUUCGCGGACAUGAUGACCGCGCCGCCGCAGUCGGCGUUUCCCGACCCGGGGAAUAAUCCCGCGUUGCGGAUACUGCAUUCCAGGCAGAAGAUUCAGGAGGAGGCGGAGAGUGAGCUGGAGCAGUUGGGUAAGAGGGGGUUCAAGGGGAGGACGUAUGUCGAUGCUGGGAUCUUGCAGCUGGCGCUCAAGAGGCUGCAGCGUGGGGAGAGCGAGGCGAAGGUCGAGGACGCAUUUGACAUCAAGAGGGGGCGACUGGGGUUGCUCAAGAAGGGAUUGGUGGAGUCGGUAUGAUGAAGAUGAUGAAGAUGAUGAUGAUGAUACGUCGUCAUAUAUUUUGAGGAAAAGAA